AUGGCGCGGUUUAAGCUCUCAAAUAAGGGAAAGAAGGAUAAUAAAAAUCCCCGCGAGGGUAAUAUUCAUCCCUGUGAGGAUAAUAGCAUUCCCUGUGAGGAUAAUUGUAAUCCCUGUGAGGAUAAUAGUAAUCCCUGUGAGGAUAAUAGUAAUCCCUGUGAGGAUAAUAGUAAUCCCUGUGAGGAUAAUAGUAAUCCCUGUGAGAAUAAUAGUAAUCCCUGUGAGGAUAAUAGUAAUCCCUGUGAGGAUAAUAGUAAUCCCUGUGAGGAUAAUAGUAAUCCCUGUGAGGAUAAUAGUAAUCCCUGUGAGGAUAAUAGUAAUCCCUGUGAGGAUAAUAGUAAUCCCUGUGAGGAUAAUAGUAAUCCCUGUGAGGAUAAUAGUAAUCCCUGUGAGGAUAAUAGUAAUCCCUGUGAGGAUAAUAGUAAUCCCUGUGAGGAUAACAGUAAUCCCUGUGAGGAGAAUAGUUAUCCCUGUGAGGAUAAUAGUAAUACCUGUUAA